AACAACAAUGUACCAGAUGAAAUGUGGGUUCAUUAUGACCCUGGCAGUCAUUAUUAUCAUGGUCCUUAGUUUUCUAUUUAACAUCAGCAAGCAUCAGGUAUGCAGAUAUAUUGUUCCAGUUGUUUCUCCCUCAGAAAAUAUGUCUGAACUUCAAAUCCAAGUAAAUACAUUUUUGGACCAAAUAAAUAAAAUUGUACCAAGGAUCAAUGACAUCCAGAAGAAUAAAUCAACCUGUGCUCGGAAUAGCAAGCUCACCAUAAUAAACCCUAAAGACAAAUAUUGUGUUGGAGAUAUUUUGAUUGUUCAAGUUGACAUGUUUGACUAUUUGAGAAAAAGGAAAAGUUAUGGAGGUGACUUCUUGAAAGCAAGAAUUUCUAGCCCGGAAUUUAGUGCCGCUGCCUCUGGGAAGGUUGAGGAUUUUAAAAACGGGACUUACCAUAUACAUUUCACUCUCUUCUGGGAAGGAAAAAUUCUAGUGUCUGUAUUCCUGUUUUAUCCAAGUGAAGGAGUUGCGGCUCUUUGGAAUGCAAGAAACAGUUGGUAUGGUUACAUUGCAUACACUGGCAAGUUUAUAAACCAAAACAAAAAGAUUGAAACUAAAUGCGGGUUUGAGCGAGAUAAUUCCAAAGAACUGUGUGAGUAUGCAGAUCAUCGAGAUGAGGAAUAUUUCUUUUGUGUAAAGCCAUGGAACAUUUCUUGUGAUUCUUUUACAGAAAUCAGAGGCAGUUUCACUAAGCAGUCAUAUUUGACUAAGGAAAGUAGAAGCCUUUUUGAUAAGACAGAUAUCAGAUUGGAGAUUCCAAAUGCAUUUGGAAACAUCAUGGUUGUUAACUGCAGUAAUAAUUUGAUCUUAAAUCCAAGAUGCAAAAUUGGAAUGGAAUUAAAAUACCCCAGUGGACAUUUUAUAAAAAAUGCAUGGUAUCCAAAUGGUUGCAGUAUACAGACAUAUCGCAGUACGGAUGAACUGAACCGAUGUAUGCAAGGAAAAUUAAUCUACCUUUUUGGAGACUCAACUUUAAGGCAGUGGAUCUACAACUUGCAGAGCAAUGUCAAAACACUUACAGUGUUCUCACCCUAUGGAGACGGAUGGGCAAGUCAGCUUUUAGGUAUUGACCUAAAGAGAAAUAUCAUGGUUCGCUGGAAAAGGCAUACCAGGCCAUUUCUUAGUGGCGCAUACCAGUCUUUUAGAGAAGAACGGACAAUCCCUCGAGAAAUUGACUUAAUUGGAGGUCAUAAGAACACAGUGAUUGUGCUUAAUAUCGGUGUGCAUUUCAGACCUCACCCACUCCAUCUGUACAUUAGAAGAAUCAUUAACAUUCAAAGAGCUCUGAAGCGUCUGUUCCUAAGAAGUCCAGAAACCAAAGUAAUUAUUAAGACUGAACAUUCUGGUGAGAAUGAAAAAGAAUAUGAAAUAAACAGUAGCUUUCAUGGCUACGUGCACUAUUUAAUCAUGGAACAGAUCUUUAAAGAUCUAAAUGUUGGCUUUGUUAAUGCAUGGGAUAUGACAAACGCAUUCAAUUCAAAUAUAAUUCACCCUCCAAAUACAUAUAUUCAGCAUGAAGUGGAUAUGCUAAUGACUUAUAUUUGCUGAUGGCAGUAGUAAAAAUCCACUAUAACUCUGCAGAAUAUAAGCUGUGUAUAAAUGGAAUAGAUAUCAAAAA